UAUGGUGCAGUCCCUCGUAGCCACCCACUAUUUGUCCCCACCAGUAAUUCCAGCCUGCCCUCCUCACUUUCUCUAAGCUAGAAUGGGCUGUUUCAGUCUUUUAUUUCUUCAUACAGCAUGGAGAACUGCACAACCUGUCCAUAUGGACGACAUUAACAACAGUGCACUGUCUUACCCCUGUCGUUUCCAUCCGCCUUUUCCAUGACUGGACCAGAAGCGCGCAGUAUAUUGCGAUACGUCAAACAUCUAUAAUAAAGGAAAGAACUAGAGACUAACCUGCACUGUCACGUUUAUUACACCGAGGGAGAUUUGUUUACGGGGUAGAAUAAAGGAUUUGUAGCUCCGACAUGGAGACAGUGGGGUUUUGGUUCUUGUUGUUACUCGCUCACACUUCAGUCUCCACAAACGCACCUGGACUUCAGGAGGAGGAAACUGAACACAACACGACUCUAGAAGCUGAGCUCGAAGACAAGGUUAACAUUUUGAUUGAGCUGCUGGCUGAUUAUGAAAAAGAGAGAGGCGCUGACUGUGGCUGUAAAUGUGUUGUCAGAACCCCGGGCAGGAGCGCGCACCCUGUGGACACGGUGCAGAACUCUGCGUCUCGCCACGGCUGCCAGUGCGCAUGCGCAGCAACUCCUCAGCCAGCGCAGCAGCCCUGCGAGGAAACGUUGGGAGAAAAGAAGCUGCAGCAAGAUACGAGAGAAAAAUACAAGCUCCUGGAAGUAAUGGACUUGCUAGAAAACACUUUCUCGAAAGCAAAUCUGGUGAAUUUGCUUAAGCUGAGUGCGCUCACUUCCGAACUGCUGGAGAGGGUGGCCAACAUUGAGAGGGUAUUAUUUCAGAACCAGAAUACUGAGAAGACCACGGUAGAGAGAGUGCCACUAGAACCAGAAAUAAGAGCAGUCCCACCCACAUCCACAACCACACCGUGGCCGGAGAACAGAAAGAAACAGAACGGGAAACGUAGCGAAGCUGCAGCUUUUCAGCAUUCAGAGAGUAAGUAUGAUGAGAAGUUUGUGGGAGGUCUGUUAAAACUGAGUGGGCCUGGACCAGAAGAUGUUAAAGCAUUGCAGGAACUAGAGCAUCAUGGAAGGCAGCAGAACCCAAAGAUGAUUGUUAGGGGGAUCACAUACUACAAGUCCGCUGCGGAGGAUGAGGCAGAGGCUGAGGCAGAGAACAUGGGUGAAGAUGAAAUCCACAGUGGUGAUGGCUCUGUAGAUCUGUUUACAGAGGAGGAACUUCUUCCUCUCAGUGCUCCUUCAUUUAAAACUGUCACCAGACCACGGCCAGUUUCAGCUAAACCCGAACCUCCAGCUCAGGAUAGUACAAUAACACAAAGCUUGCCCAAGCCUAAGCUGGGAGAAUCUGACUCUUCUCUGUCUAUCAAGAGGAAAAUGCUUAAUAAUUCAGGGCCUGCACUGACGAAAAGCUUUCACUGGCCUACAACACACACCACACCUCAAACACUCCCUGGGAAAUUGGAAGAAAGAGAAGAGAUGACCACUCCUCAGAUGAACAUGCUGAACAUGGAGUCAACUUCAAGAAUUCUGAAUUCUAAUUCAGCUUCUUCAGAAAUGACCAAAACCAUCAUGCCAAGCACAGCGGAUGUUGUCAUUAGUCAGUCAGAGUUCACAACGGAAACCGUAACUGAAAAAUCUCACAACACUGGAACAAUUUCCAAGGAGAAUUUCAGUCAUGUCAAUAAUCAAAACACACAUUCAAGUACGAAACCAUCACCAACCACACAAAGUCACACUCCUAUUAUUCCAGAAUCUUAUUUUACCACAAUCACAGAUGAUGUAAGCCACAUGAAGACCAGUUUUGGGAUGACGGCGACUACUCCAGUCUCUGGCAAUACAGGAGCAACUAUUAUUCUGACUACAUCAAAUGUAACUGAGGGUGAACUUGAUUCCAGCACAACUACAUCAAUGGCCUUAAACAGACCGGUCAAUAGUACCAUUACAUCUAUUAACAGUGGCAAAAGUAACAAACACAACACACACAGCAUACGUUUGUUUAAAAAACAGCAAGACCCAAAACAAAAGAGCAUUAAAGCUGUAGAGAAUGAGGACGUUGAGAAGAAUCAGCAAAGGCAGCCAGGGGAAUGCAAGGACACACUGGCUACGAUUGCAGAACCCAUAGCACACAACACAUAUGGCCGUAAUGAAGGUUCCUGGAUGAAAGACCCAAUGGCGAAUGACAACAAGAUCUAUGUUGCUAAUUAUUAUUAUGGGAACAACCUGCUUGAGUUUCAGAACAUGGAGGUGUUUAAACAAGGUCGUUUCACCAACUUCUAUAAGCUGCCUUAUAGCUGGCUGGGCACCGGCCAUGCAGUAUAUGAUGGUGCCUUCUUCUUUAACCGUGCUUUCUCACGCGACAUUAUUAAGUAUGACCUCCGGCGGCGGCGUGUGGCUGCCUGGACCAUGUUGCAUGAUGCUGCACUGGAGAGUGAUGAGGUUUCAUCAUGGAGAUGGAGAGGCCAUUCAGAUGUGGAACUGGCCAUAGAUGAAAGUGGUCUGUGGGUGAUCUACGCUGCACUGGAUGACGAGGGCUUCUUACAGGAGGUAAUGGUGCUGAGCCGUCUGAACCCAGUUGACCUGACCACACAGAGAGAAACCACAUGGAGGACAGGACUCAGGCGUGAACGCUAUGGCAACUGUUUUAUUGUAUGUGGUGUCCUGUAUGCUACUGAACACCCUGGAGAACAGCAGGAGAACAAUCUGUUCUAUGCCUUUGAUACACAUACCAAUACACAAAUGACCCCUCGGCUCCCUUUCGGCAAUAACUCCACUUAUAUUGCUCAGAUUGACUAUAACCCCAAAGAAAGGGCACUGUAUGCCUGGAACAGCGGUCACCAGAUCACCUAUGAUGUUGUGUUUGCAUAUGUUUAGAUGGUGAAAGCAGCUCAUUCUAAUGUGUAUUAUACAAAAUUUGAGAAAAUGUAUGCCUGUGAUACAAUAUGUGUAUGAAAUGUGGACUGUAGAGCAGUCUUAGCAUUUUUGUGGUAUAUUAUCCCUCAUAUUUCUUAUUAUGCUGAUAUCUGUACUGGUUAUUUACAGCCAACUGCAAAAUUAUUGCCACCCUUAUAAAGUCAAACUGAGUGCUGUAUUUUCCCCCUAAUUUUCUCAAUGCAAACUGUGGUUUUAAUAUUAUCAUUAGCAUUAAUAAUUGGUGAAGCAGUUUCUAUCUGCGAUGUCCAGUAUAGUUGUAGAGGCUCUUAUGUCAUUCCUUCAUAAAGAAAAUUUCAAACUGUG